AUGGCAGCCCCAGCAACGGCGAGCAACCAGCGCGUACCAGCCGACGACGAGGCUGCACGGAAGGUGCGUAUCCGGGCUGCGUUCGAUAUGUUCGACAAGGAAAAGAAAGGAAGCGUCAUUCAAGAAGAAGUGAGUACGAUCAUGCGGUACCUUGGUGCGUACCCGACCGAGAAGGAUAUCAUCAAGAAGAUCCUUCCAGAAAUGCAAGAGGACGAACCGUCCACAUUCGUGACGUACGAUCGAUUCGAAAAGAAAAUGUUGGAAGUACUGUAUACCAACGAGUACGAGCCGGACACGGAUGAAACGCUAUGCAUCGUAAUAGUCAACAAUGCGUUCACGAUAUCGCUUGACAAGGUGAUCGACACGGAGAAGAAAGGCUAUAUUGAGGCCGAGGUUAUGCGAGAGUUGCUCACAACAAAAGGCACCCCGUUUCGAGAGAAGGAGAUGGAAGCAUUCCUUGCAGCAGCAAAGGAUCCUCCGACGGGACGAAUUUACUACGAAGACUACAUCGCAGUGCUCACGCAGGCGCUGGAUCCAAAGAAGCUCUGA